GUGCAGUGGAGAUUCGUCAGGUGAUCCUGCUAUUAAGUUAUAUUGUAGUGAUAUUAGUCAGAUGUUUUGCAUCAGUUCAAGUUCACCGCUAAAAUUAAAUUGAAAUGUCAAAGCAAACCUACUGCUGUGUAAGAUUCAUUCAGUUCAUUCUCACCAAUCUGUACUGUUAUCCAAGCCAUCCGUCUGACAGAGACACACACUGAAUUCACUCUCAUGAAGACUGAAGGCGAUGGAGAAAUCCUGGAAGAGAACCAACCUUAUCAGAAUGGAGUCACCCCGACAGACAGUGACGUGUCUCCCGUACAGUUCGAGGAACCCGUCUCCACAUAUUUUGAGGAGAAGGUUCCCAUCCCAGAGGAUGAUGUCACAAAGAUGUUUAGCUUUCGUAAACUUUGGGCAUUCACUGGACCAGGUUUUCUGAUGAGCAUUGCCUAUCUGGACCCUGGAAACAUAGAGUCAGAUCUUCAGUCUGGGGCCAAAGCCGGAUUCAAGCUGCUCUGGGUGCUCUUGGGAGCGACUAUCAUUGGGUGUCUGCUGCAGCGAUUGGCCGCUCGCCUUGGUGUCGUAACCGGGAUGCACCUGGCUGAAGUUUGCAACAAAUAUUAUCCAACAAUCCCGCGGAUCAUCCUGUGGCUGAUGGUAGAGUUGGCCAUCAUCGGCUCUGAUAUGCAGGAGGUCAUCGGCUGUGCCAUCGCCUUUAACCUGCUGUCUGUCGGCAGGAUUCCACUAUGGGCCGGAGUGCUGAUAACCAUUGUCGACACUUUUGUGUUCCUGUUUUUGGACAAAUAUGGUCUGAGGAAGCUUGAGGCCUUCUUUGGGUUCCUGAUCACUGUUAUGGGUAUCAGCUUUGGCUAUGAGUACGUGCGGGUGGGUCCAGACCAGGGUGAGGUACUGAAGGGCAUGUUUUUGCCGUACUGUAGCGGCUGUGGACCUGUGCAGCUUAAACAAGCUGUGGGUAUUGUUGGAGCAGUUAUCAUGCCUCAUAACAUCUAUCUACAUUCUGCUCUUGUGAAGUCACGGGAAAUAAACCGAGCCAACAAGAAAGAGGUGAAGGAGGCAAACAAGUACUUCUUCAUUGAGUCCUCAAUCGCUCUCUUUGUCUCAUUUCUCAUCAAUGUGUUUGUGGUGGCUGUCUUUGCUGAGGCCUUUUAUGGCAAGACAAACAUGCAAGUGAGUGAGACGUGUAAUAAAACUGGAAGUCCACACACGGAUCUCUUCCCAAUUAACAAUGAAACACUUGAAGUCGACAUUUACAAAGGGGGUAUUGUGCUGGGCUGUUUCUUUGGCCCAGUUGCGCUUUAUAUUUGGGCCAUUGGGAUCCUUGCAGCUGGACAGAGUUCAACCAUGACAGGAACAUACUCUGGUCAGUUUGUUAUGGAGGGUUUCCUAAACCUCCGUUGGUCUCGUUUUGCUCGGGUGUUGUUGACACGAUCCAUCGCUAUCUUGCCAACUCUUCUGGUAGCCGUCUUUGAGGAUGUCCAGCAUUUAACUGGCAUGAAUGAUUUCCUCAAUGUACUACAGAGCAUUCAGUUGCCGUUUGCUCUGAUCCCGAUUCUGACCGUGACCAGCAUGACUUCAUUAAUGAGUGAUUUUGCCAAUGGACUCGUGUGGAAGAUUGGUGGUGGUCUGCUCAUCUUGUUGGUGUGUGCUAUCAACAUGUACUUUGUGGUGGUCUAUGUGACUGCUCUGAACAGCACCAUUCUCUACGUCCUUUCUGCAUUCCUCUCCAUCGCUUAUCUGUGCUUCGUUAUCUACCUGCUUUGGCACUGUCUCAUUGCUCUUGGUGUGCCCCGUCUGAACAUCUGCGGCUGGUCUCAGCAAUCACCAUCCAUUCUCAUUGAAGAACAAGAAGAGUCUGAUACAUGAUUGAUACUGAUACACAUUAAACAUGUUUUCUUAUAAUGUGAGGAACCUUCCUGCUAGAAGUCUUUUUUUGUAUUUUUACCAUCUUUCCUUUGCCUCCUUUUAUAGAUCUACUGUUGUAGGUCUUAACGUAAGUUAUUACGACAUCUAGAGAUAAAGUAUAUAAAAGUGUAGUAAAGACACUGUGUGGUUAAAGAGAUUGUAUUGUGUACAAUCACAAUGUGAAAUAAAUUAUAAAUAAAAUCAAAGAGAAACAAGAAUAAUGAAACAGUAUGAAGUAUUUUGAUAAAAUCAUCAUACUGAUGAAUAUUUACAUUUUAAAUGAGCUAAUAUAAAGCAUGUUGUCUGAACAGUUAUAAAGAUUAUUUCUGUUGUUAACACAAUAACAUGUUUUUAUUUACUUAGCAUGUUAUUUUCCUGCCAGUCUCAUUUAACCCAUUUAAGACCAAAAUCACAGAGUACCGUUAUUUUGUUGUUGUUUUUUAAUUGUAAACCAAAAGACUUGAAUCAAAGAAAAAUUGUGAGCUGUUUUAUAAAUUAAAGUGCUUUUUUUCCACA